ACCUUACUUUGUCCCUCUCUCUAAACCUUCGAUUAUACUUCUUCUGGUUUCACCUCCUCCAAUCCUACGCCACUACUCCUCUCGGAUAACCACUCCUCUUCACCCUUCUCAUCUCGUCCUUUCUCAUCUCGUCCCUUCAUCCUGCAGAUUUUCCUUACCGUGGCUCGUCUCGUGGAAACAGUCGAGCCAGAUCGGUAGAGGACGUUGUCGGCGCUGCGUUGAUGCCAAAAGGCAAGAAACCCAACGCACACGACAAACGGCACGAGAACGGUCUUGCUCCUCCAGCGAAACGGGUCGUGAAGCAGAAGUCGUCCAAUUCGCUUCAUGAGAACUACCAUGCCAAUGGAUUUGCUCACUCCGCGACGCCGGCAUUGCCCUCGGUCGCUGUAGAUUCACCAUCCGGUUCGCACAACCAGCUGCACGCUUCCCCGAACGGCUUCGCUGUCCCUUCGACGGCUACAAAUGGAACGAUCCUUGAUCCGGAAAUGGGUAUCGCGCAGUCUCACGCCUACGAUGAUGCUUCCUAUCACGCCUUCCCUCUGCAACACAAACUCGGUCAUGGAAAACUGCACCGCGCAUCCUCCGCCUCCCCCCUCCGAAUCGACGUCGAUGCCGAUGCACUUAAAAAUGCCAAGGCUUACAAGAGCAAUAUCAUUACUAUGGCCGCUACGGUUAUCAGCUCCUGCCCGAUCACGGAUGUCAUUACUAUCCUCAUCUUACUCCUCUCGCUACCCACCGGCGUCGCAAACUGCGCUCACCUGCUCUACGCCUUCUUGGAGUUUAUAAGAUCGGGGGAAGUGUACUAUGGAGGCUCGAUAACGAACAGCCUCCCGAGUGUACAUGACGUCUUUCAUAGCACCCCCGGAAAGCCAUCGCUCCUCACCAUCGCCGUUUCCGAUCUAGCCUCUCUUGGUUUCUAUCUUGUCCUUUGGAGACCCUUCCAAAAUCUAAUCGUGGACUUCGCCCCCGCCGUUAUCGCAAUUUAUGUCGGCGGAGCCGCAGCGAUGGAUCCAGGACACCGUCGAACCACCAUGCGAAGUGUCCUGGCCUGUUUUGCAACCAUUCUUGCGUUCCAUAUGACCAAGUGGAGAUCGACACGUCAAUUCGGCUUCCAGAUUCCAUGGACGGACAAUGGCACCUUUCGAGUCCCGUCGCUUUCCUUCGAAGUACCAGAGGCGCUGUGGCGGCAUCGGAGCCAAUUCGAAAGUUUUCUUGGGGUUCAUAUCGUUACACAAGGCAUCGUUCGCCUGAUUCGCCGAAAGCUAUCCCAGGCUCGCGAGCAACAGUCCUUGCCCUCACCGCAUCCAACCAAAAAGAACGAUACCGAAAUGAUCGUCCCUCCGAUUACCCCUCGGAGAAACUCCGGUGCGGUCGACAUCAGAAUAGACGGAGGAACCGGUUCGAGUUCAGACGGACGACCUCCGGGCCCAUAUCCUAGCGACGGUCCUCGGGAAGGCGAACGUAUUUCUACUUCGAAACAACAGCGACGGCGACAGGCAAACUAUGCUCGAAGCCACCAACCGUUUUGGGCUGCGAUUGCUGGAUCAAAAGUAUCUUCUUUGAAGGCGGCGUCGGAAGAACGUCUCGCGUCGUUGGAUGCGAGCGAGGCGAAAAGCAUGGAGAUUUGUCAUUCCGACAGCACGGAUGUUACGUUGGGCACUAAUAUGGGGACAGUUUGGAUUGGGGAAGUGAAGUCGACGGAGAUUGAUUUUUGGGUGCUGGUUUCUUCGGCUCAUCUAUCGGAUGAUGACGAUGAUAAAGAUCCGCCGAUGACGCCGAACAUUGACAAGACGAAGCCGUUCUAUAUUCGUGUCAAUGGGGCCGACUGGACGUCCACGCGAAUCAUUUGCGAAGGCGCUGGUGACGACGAGGGUGACCAAGGCUCCGUUCUCUGGUCUGGUGCAAUCUAUGGGCUCACACCGAUGUCAAGCUACAACUGUGAAUUCAUAAGUAUGUACGACAGAUCAUUGGUAUACUCGGUUAGUCUAGUCACCCAGUCGGCCCCUAUGACCGAUCUUGCAUCGAUGGCAACUGCUCCUCAACAACCGCCACUUAGACCUCAAUCUCCGACAACAACACUCAAGAAUUCCAUCGCAGCGGCCGAUUCCAAGCUGAACGAAUCGAGGAAUAAGAUCAAAAAGAAUCGAAAGGAUCAUAGCAAAGCUCAAACCGGGCUGCGCAAAGAGAUCAACGAUCUGACUACUCGCCGAGCUGCCACUACCGACGACGCAAGAACUCGUCAGAAAGUACAGCAAUUGCAACAGAAUGUUCAACAAGCACGGUCGGCCGCCGAAAGCCUCGAAGCGCAGAGAAAAGAGAUGGGAGACAUUCCAGCCAAUGUUGUCAAGGGCCACGAGCAAGCAAGGAAGCGGUGGGAAGAGGCACAGGAACAGCGGUCGAACACGAAAAGGGACCUCAAUCUCGCCCAGCAAGAGAGGAAUAAGGCGAAAGCGGAUCAAGCGGCUGCGCUGGACCAAACCUCGCAAAGACGGGAGAGACUUCACGCCCGCGAGAAUAAGCUCAAGGAGCAACUCGCUAAAGCGCAGGCCGAGAAAGCCCAAAGUACCGCCGAACGGAAGCGUAAAACCAACGUCCGUCUCGCGACCGCCGCGACCCGUGCGCAAGAAGAGGCCCGGUGGAUCGAAGGCAUCCAAGGUUGGGAACAGAAGGAGUCCGACGAACUUCAGCGUACCCAGGGGGUCAUGCAAGAGUAUCGUCGACUCGAGACUCACCUGCUCCAGCAGAUGCAUGCCUCGCAGCCACCGCUCACCCCCGAAGGACCUCUCCCCGGCACCUCUGGGGCCUCCCCGCCUCCCGCGCCGACCUUCUCCGCCAUCCCCGGUCCCCUCCCCACGACAUCCGGAUCCGGCAGCUUCGGCAGCACGCGCGACGCCUUUGCCUCGUUCCAAUUCCCUACCUCCGCACCAACCUACUCCCUCAGCCCCACCAGCACCGGCCUCCCCACCUCUGCCUUCUCCUCCUCCCUCGCCCCCGGCUUCCCCCACCUCGCCCACGACCGCCCUACUCCCUCCCCCGGCGCCAUCGGCUCCGGCGCCUACUCCCUCGUCCCCCGUGACCGCAGCUCCUCCCUCGCCAGCAACAUCAGCAGCUUUUCCGAUGACCUGCACGAGAUGUACGCGCACACCUCCUCGCCCUCGCCGCACCCGCCCGCCCCGUCGUUCUACACCUCCAACCCGUCCACCCGCCCCAACUCGUACAUCCAAACGUCCGCCUCCCCCUCCAUGUGGCUAUCGUCCAAUGGCCCGCUGCAGCAGCACGUGAAUGCCUGGUCGGGUGGCCCGUUCGGCGGGUUUCCCAGCAUCGCGCUGGAGGGGCUGGGACGUGCGCGGAAGGGGAGUAAGGCGAGUCAGGGGAGUGGGGGCACGGGGAAUAAGAGUCAGGGGAGGAGUAGUGGGAGCGCGGGUGGUGGGAGUGGGUUGGCGGGGAGUCCGUUGCAGACGGAGGCGGUGUUGGAUGAGAAUGAGGAUGAGGAUAGGGAUGAGGGGGAUGAGAAGAAGGGGUAGGAUAUGGAUGGUUGGUUGGAGUACAUGUAGGUAGCUGUCUGUGCUGAGUACGUCUGUG